UGAGGGUGGUAGAACAGAACUUGCUAUGAACAUCAGGACAGAUGAUGGUAUGACAAAUGGUGCCAGUAACAUCGUUAAACUAGUUCAAUUAAACCAACCAAAUACACCUUCUGGAAUUAUCUGGGUGCUAUUUGACCAGGAUGAUGUAGGUAGAAAAACCCGACAGGAAAACCGAGGUCUUUAUACAAGACAGGCAGUGCAACCUACAUGGACACCAAUAAAACCAGUAACUACACAAUUUCCUGUAGGUAGAACUAAAUCUGCUCAAGUCGUCAGAAAACAAUUCCCACUGCGACUAGCUGCUGCAAAAACAGUACAUCGUUCCCAAGGAGAUACACAAACACAAAUUGUUGUCAAUCUAAACACUAAACGAGCUGUUUCACAUAUUCACUAUGUUGCACUUAGCCGAGUCACAACAAUGGAAGGCUUAUAUGUUUCCGACCUGGGUGAGGAUAAAAUUGCUGUUGACAACAAUGUAGUUACUGAAAUGCAACAGCUUCGAACUGACAGAAUGUUAGAGCUUUGUUUCACUCCACUUUACAACAUGGAUGACUCCAAUUUCAAUAAAUGACUCAACAAACAUAGUUGAUAACAGACGACCAUUUGGUGGAACAGCAGUUUACAGUAAAGUACCAUUUGUACAAGGUUAUCCAUGCAUAAAUAAUAUUAAUGGCGUUGAGUUGACAGUUGUCAAAGUGUCUAAUCAUAAAAAUUAUACUGUGAUAGGGGUGUAUCGUUCUCCACAAAUUCCAAUAAGACAUUUGUAUAUAGCGUUAAAUUACAUUGUAACUGAAUAUGGUACUGAUAACACAAUAAUCCUGGGCGAUUUCAAUGUUAACUGGAUGGUUGAAGAACAAAGACAGUCUUUGUACCAUCUCCUGAUAGAAGACAAUGGUUUCCA